AUGAAGCCCCCCGAACCCAACCGCUUCUUUUACCGUCAUCUCCCGGGACGAGAUCCAAGGAUCGCGCCGCAUCGUCUCGGACCCGCGCUCGAUCGUCAUCGACGCCGCCGUCUACGCCGUCUCAUUCGCCGAGCUCUCCAUGGGCAACACGCAGGGCCGAUCCCCCCCCACCGCGCACCACCACUCCCACUCCGGGCGGCCCGAUUCCCAGCUGGCCGUGUCCCUCUGCGCGGUCCGGUUCGCGCUCGAGCAGCUGCGGUGCAUGCACGCGACGCUCGGCUGCCGGUGGCGCGUCUCGCGCGCGAUCACCCGCACCGAAAGUGCGGCGGCGGUGGGGAUCCUGACGCUGAGGGAGAGAGGGCUGGUAAUCAUGUUCUGUGUGGCGCCGAUGGAGGAUAUGGACCAGGCUGGAGAGGUGGCGAUGAUGUGUCUGCGGGUCAUUUCGGGAAGAUUUAA